AUGAGCAAUCUGGAUGACGGACCAUGGGUUUAUGUUGGCGCCACGCGUCGCACAGUGAACCGGUUAGCCACAAAAACAGAGUCGAGGUGCACUGUUGUCACGACAACAGCUGGCUCAGUCGGCCAAACUGCGUGCUCUCCCGAUGGGUUCACCGACACGGCAGCUUCUCGUCCGGCCGGCGAUCUGAAUGCGCCCGGUGAGCUGGUGGACAGCGCAUCGGAGCCCGACACUUUGAGUAACCUAGGCCUCUUGUCGCCGCCCGAAAGGAUCAUUAACUCGCCAGGGGUUCACGAGAGCCAACCAGCGCCAACGGUAGCUGUGCCGUCGAAGCCCACAAUUGUGCUCUCUGCCUCGUUGCUGCAGAACAAGGACUGGCCGGCCCGGAACGGAAGACCCAAACAGACGGACUGUGAGGCUCAGCAAGAAGAGCCAUUGGCGUGUCCGCUCGAGUCCUUUUUCAACGCCAGCUUCCUAAGGACGCAGCCACAACAGUUGCCGACGUCGUCGUCAGGAGUAGCCGCCUUGCCAGACGACUCCGUCCACUAUCUUUCUGUACCAUUGCGUCGGCGCACGGCCUCGGCACCUGUGCUGAUCCGCUGGCCGCAGGCCCACAGACCGCGGCAUCAGGUCAAAAAGUCCAAUUCCUCCGCCACCAGUGGCCGGUCUGGGACGCCAAGUGCCUCCAGACCGAUUCAGCCGGUUGCAAAUGCGAAUCGCCGCCGGAGACGGAAGAAACAGGCGACUGCCGAUUGGCCGGUAGGCAGGCACAAGACCUUUUCGCCUGACCCGGAAGAAGCAGUCGCAUCCGGUUCUCCCGGACUCCAGUCAACCAACCGAGAUUCCGAUUUCUCCUUUCACCGUCAUCUUCAUCAUGUCCGACCCGGAAAUACCAACCAGGCGUCUUCUAGCAUCACUAGCAUCAAAAAUCGAAAAAUAUCGAGCAACCUACUGCCUUUGAAAUCCCCUAACCAACAACAACGACAGCAACAACAGCACCAACAAGAGUGGGUUGCAUCACAUCAUUUCCAAAAGCAUCAGACUCCACCUACCAGACUGUCUGUUAGCGGUGCGAGUGGUGGUUGCCGUGCCGUAAUGCAGGCACGGCGGGCGGCCAACUGGCGUCACUUGGCUUCGGCCAAUCCUGUCGUUGGCAAGGCGAUUGGGCACGACGGGGGUCUCCUCUUGCCGCCGGUUGCUGUGACAGCAUCGGUACCCGGGCACACACGAGUCGAUGCUAUGACGGGUAGUCUAGCGACUGCAUGCUCAAUCAACAGUAUUGACUGCACCAACAGUAGCAUCGGUCAUAGCAACAAUAUUAGUAUUAGCCGGGCUAGCCUCAACAACCGACUAAUGCCAGCUCAACAAGUCUCUGGGCGUAGACAGUCGGUGAUAGAACAAGGCGCCCAGAAGCUGGAACUGCAAUUCUGCCGAAUCAAUGUGCUUCUGGUCACCAUGCAGAUUGGCCUGGGAGCAGCCACAAUCAGCAUUGGAUUCUACCUACACUUCGCUUCACCCUCAUUCCAGUCUUAUGAACGGGCACACUGGGCUGCCUUUCCCGUAAGUCGAGACACGCGGAAACGGAAGAUAAGGUAG